GUGAAUGAUUUGGCCCGCCUGCUAUCCGUAGCUGGACUCUUUUCAUUUCUUCCUUCCCUCAGCUAGCUAGCUCGCUAAUCAAACCCACAGCUGCAGAACGGAGGAAGACGGGAGGCUCGCUCACCAAAUCUGACUGGAUAGCCACAGUGCCGACAAGGAUCAAAGGGACACCCGUAAUGUUAGUACCGGAAUCACCAAUGGUUUUUAUGACAACAGACGGUCAGACUCUGCUCUGGUAACCUUCGGCACAUCGCGGAAGCAUAAUUCAACGGGAACGGCUUUGACACGUCGCUGACAACAUGGCUGAGUUUCCCAUCGAUCAAAACAAACUGCCUGGAGUAAAAGAAGUGUGUCGAGACUUUGCUGUGCUGGAGGACCACUGCCUGGCCCAUAAUCUCCAGGAGCAGGAAAUCGAGAGCCACUUGGCAUCCAACGUCCACAAGAGCCGUCUGGUGCAGCAGGACGUAGCGUUGGCCAAGCAGCUGCAGGAGGAGGAGGACCGGAGGGCCCAGGCCAAGGCCAAGAGACAACACCGGGACAUAGAGCGCAGCGACAAUGAGAUUGCCCAGGAGAUACAGGAGGAAUUGGUUCGACAGGCGGAGCAGCAGCGCAAGCAGGAGGAGAAGGAUGCGGCCAUUGCUCGUAAGCUGCAGGAGAAGGAGAUGAAAGAGGAGAGGAAGCGACAGAAGCAGCUGGAGGCCAACUUUGAGGAGGAGUACUACGAGGAUAAAGGAGCCACCCGAGCCCCUCUGGACCUGGAUGACAAACCCAGGCGACCUGGUUCAAACUCCCACUCCCCCGAGUCGCAUCCCCUUACCCCAGGCUCACGACGCGACCUCUCCCCCGAGUAUGUUUCUUUUGAGCCUAGCAGGACCAGAUACGACUCUGUGGAGCCUAGCACCAGUGGACGUUCCAGGUCCCCCGAGCACCAUUUAGAGAGUAGAGGAGGGAGUAGUAGGGUCAAGCAUGGAGACCCAUACCCAGAGGACCACCUCUCCAAUAGCAGGGGGAAACGUGGGGACAGUUACCCAGACUACCACCACCCCACCGAGGGUAGAAGUAAAGGGAAGGGGGACCAGAGGGGCCGAGACCCCCAGGGGUCCCAGUCCACCUUCUACCCAGACAGCCGUGAGCCCAGGAGACACAGAGAGGAGAGAGGGGAUGAGGGAGAGCGGGUGGUGAGGAGGAAGGAGAGGCCCAGCCGGCCGCCCCCGCAGUCCCACAACCCUGUGGAGAGAGACGAGGCUUGGGAGAGAAAAAGAGAGUGUGAGAAAGACCGGCAAAGAGAACCCAGGAGAGACGAGGAGAGGGAGAGAGACGCACCAAGACACGAGGAGAGAUCGCGAGGCGGACAGAGACAUGGGCUGCGAUCGCAAGACCAAGAGCAUGGCCGAGACAAACACAGAGAAAAAGACAGACGCCGAGAGAGAACCAAGAGCAGGGAGCGAGGUCUUGAUGAAGACUAUUACGAGCCCAUACCCAGCAGCCGGGCCUGGACUGUUGGUGGGGUGGAGGGCCCUGGGGAUGAGUGGGGGCCCAUGGCCAGGCUCCACUCUGGCCCCAGUGAGCUGUGUGAGGAGGAGGAGGCCAGAAGGAGCCCCUGCCCUGGCGUGAUGAGGGGGGAGAGGAGAGGUCACAGGGACCCUGGGGAGGGGCCCAGCAUGGGCACGGAGCGCUCCUACACGCACCCCGCUCCCAGGGAGCCAGGUCGUAUCGUGCAAGGGGGACCAGGGGGUCGCGGCGCAGUGGUGGUAGGAGGGGAGUACGGGAUGGGCGAGGCCACCCAGGGCAUCGCCCAGCUGGACCUGAGGGAGCAGGAGAUCCUGGACAUGGAGGUGGCCCGGAAACUACAGGAGGAAGAGGUCAAGGCGAGCAAGAUGGACAAGCGCGCAGCCCAAGUGGCUCAGGAUGAGGAGAUAGCCCGGCUGCUGAUGGAGCAGGAGAAGAAGGAGUACAAGAAGUCCAGGGAGAAGGAGAAGCAGGGGAUGAGGCCGGAAGAGAGGGGGAUGAGGCUGGAAGAGAGGAGGCGGCCAGAGGGAGGAGACUUCAAGCCCAACUCAGAGGAGGUAGUGCGUCCCAGGUCCCGAGAGGAGGAGUAUCAGAGGCACAGGAACCACCAAAAGCCUGCCAGACCUCCUCAACCUCUUCCACAUGACUAUGAGAAUGUGGAGACCAGCUACAGCUACUCAGAGAGCCACUACUCUUCCCGCACUCCAGCCAGACCUGAGGCUGCUUACAAAGGUACCUAUUACAGGCAGUGACCCAGGCUCCCUAAGUUAUCCAUCCAUGACUUGUUCUUUUUCUUUUUUACUCAUCGUUGCUGUAUUUGUAAAAACUCCCAUCACUUUAUAUUGACCAAGAGCCUUGGGACAAUGUCACCUAGUCGUUGGCGGUGGGAUUCUCCAGCAUGUCCAGUUGACCGGGAGUUCGGGAAAGCGUGCGGCUGAGAGCAUACUCUUUUAUCGUUCCCUUUUUUUCCAUUUUGGUUGUCCUCUUUCAAUUGGCGCAACAGCCAAGAAGACUCAAAGGAGAUGCCUUGUGAUAUUUAUCCUCUUGCUGGCUUUUAACGAAGAUGAUGGGGGAGAUGAAGGCGUUUCUGUUUUGCUGUAGUUGUCGUUUUCUGGUGUUUCUGUCCGUCUGUGGAUCAUGCUCAUCAUGGUGAAUCAAUCCUUUGCUGGAUAUACUGUAUAACUGUGCAAUCUCCGUCUCUCUAUCUAACGCUGUCUAUGGGAUGUGCCUGUAUUUGGAGCUGAAAUGGCCACCCAUUGUACGUCUUUGAGCCAAGAUGGCCGACGCUUGUUUGAGGCAAAAAUGUUGGCGGCGCAGCUUUUUUUGCACUCCCAGGCUCCAGUUCUCCCGUCCUCGUAUUGUGCUGCGCAUCUAGGAUGAACAACGUGACAGGCCCAGUCAUACGUGCUGCGUUGCAUAUAAUACUCCUUUUGAAAAGACAUAUUUCAGCAUUUUAUUCACAGAGGGGGGGGGGAGAGAACCUACUAUAUCAGGAUGCUGGGUCUUUUGGCUUUGUGUUUUAAUGCUUUCCAGUCCAGAAGUGGAUGGUGAUUGUAUGUGGACUUCUGACUUGUUGCUGGCUGUAUGCUGUUACCAUAUGCGUGUAUUUUCCCCUGUGUCUUUCUAAAGGGGCAUUUCCCUACUUGGAAUGAAGACUUGGGAGGUGGAAGUGGGGUUUUAUGGGACAUACUGCCAUGGUUGAGUGUUUUACGUGCAUGCUUACUGACUGUGCUCUCUUGUGGGCUGAAUUUCUAUCCUCUCUGCGAAACUCUGACACUCCGUGAGUCAACGAGAGCCCAAGCCACUGAACUCCAUCCAUUUUGUUUUGUGGAUGAUCUAAAUGCUUUUUGUAAAUAUUGCCCUAAUAUAUUUGGUUGUAUGUUCCAUCCAGUAUUUGAUAGUCUCAUCUGUUUACAUGCUCUCAGCGCUAAGACAAGUUGACCAGUAAGAAUUUAAUGCAUGUAUAUUGCACCUCUGUGCCAAACUUAAGAUUGUGGUGGUCUUGGCAGGGCUGUAUUCACUUGGAACCAAACAGGACAAAACAAGGAGGGACCUAACUGAAUUCCUAGAAAUAGAAACUGAUUUUUGUUGCAAAACAUUUUCCGUUGCAAAAUCUUGUUUUCUGUACAUUCCAUAAUAAAAAUGCAUUCUGUCUCUCACACA